UUUGUGUAGAUUCAAUUACCAAUCCUGUGAAGUAUAGUCAAUGUUCGUCUCGAGCCAAUAUUAAAUAUUCCUUUCAACGAACCAUCUUAUUACAGAGUACUUCACGGAUAAAAUGUGCGUCCAAGGCUGUAUCAUUAUAUGUUAGUAGUGAUGUGGAACUGCAGUAGUACAAAUAUGACGGGAAGGAAUUUGUUUAUUAAUGUAUUAUUUCUAGUUAUUGCAAUAAUAUUUAGCGCAAUACCACAGUGUUUCUCAGUUUUAUCAGACAAACGAUUAUGUUAUGAUCCUGACUGUUCCGAGCCUGUUUCACUAGCUAGAACGACUAUCAGAUAUACCCCAAACGAGGUGGGAUUAUUGUCGUGCAACAUUAAUGAAAAAGUCACAGUUUAUAGUAAAGAAGCAGGGAAGAGAAAUGACUUGUGGGGUGUAGAGAUAAAUGGUAGACAUGGAUAUAUACCAAAAACAUUUUUAAAGGAAUAUAAAAUUCUACAUAAAAAUUUAGAACAUGAAGUAUCAAUUGAUCCACUAUUUAGUAAUGUUUCAUCUAAUGAGAAACUUCAAUCAAAGAAAAAUAAAAAUAAAUCAGUGUUUGACAAGGAGGAUAUUAAAGCUUCAAAUGAACAAAUUGAUAAUUUGGAUUUAAAGUCCUUGGAAGAACUGCCACAGAGUGCAAAUGGUAUAAAUCCAUCUUAUGAGAUUAUAGAUGGAACUACAGUCCACUUAGAUAUCAAUAAGCCUUCUGAACCAACUUUUAUAAAAGAAGUUAUUCAAACAACAGUAGUGCCAAAUGAACAAGAUGCAGUUGAUGAAAUCUUAAAUAAUAAUCUAGAGAGCAAGGAGCAUACCAUUUCUGCUGAAGUCAAUUUUAAAGACUUUGUGGCAAGUUCAGAAAAAAUAUUAGAUUUACCAGAAAUAUCUGGUAUACAAAGUUCACCAUUGAAUAUAAGCAUAACCUCUGAUAAAAUAGAAUAUACAAUAGAGAAUGUAGAAAAUAAGUCAGUCGCGAAUGUGGAAGGUGAUCAAUUUUUAGAUAAAGUCAUUGAUAUCAAUAGUCCACAAACAUCUACAUCUGAUGGUCCUAAAGAAACAUUGAUAACUAUUGAAGGAGAAAAAGCACUUGAAUUAAAUAAAGAAGGUAAUGUCAGUCCCAGUGAAGCAGAUGAAAAUAAUAACACUACGCCAGAUGUACAAAAUAUAAGAAAUAUUGAUCAAAUUGAGAAAGUAGAUAUUCAACCUUUACAAAAUGUUAUGAUAGAUACAACCAAUAAAACUCAAUUAGAUAUACAAAAUGCAGAAAGUUUUGAUCAAAUACAGACAAAAGAUAUCCAAUCUUCACAGAAUAUUACAAUAGUUACAACUAGUGAUGCUAGAUCAGAUACACAAAAUGCAGAAAAUUCUGAUAAAGUUGAAACAGAAAAUAUCCACACUUCAAGUGCUGAGAUGAUUUUGGUUAAUGAGACUGAAUUGGGUAUACGAAAUACAGAAAAUUCUGGUGAAGUUGAAAAAGAAGAAGUCAACUCCUCAGCAAACAUUGAAUUAUUUUCACUUAGUAACAUUAAAUCAGAUAUACAAAAUGCAGAAAAUUCUGAUCAAAUUGAAACUAAAGAUAUCCAGGCUUCACAAAAUGUUACAAUAGUUACAACUAGUGACGCUAAAUCAGAUGUACAAAAUGCAGAGAAUUCUGAUCAAAUUGAAGCUAAAGAUAUCCAGCCUUCACAAAAUGUUACAAUAGUUACAACUAGUGAUACUAAAUCAGAUGUACAAAAUGAAGAAAAUUUUGAUAAAGUUGAUAUAAAAAAUAUCCCAUUAUUAGAAAACAUCAUACCUCAUAUAAAAGAUACCCGAUAUUUAGGAAGUGUUAUGCAAAUAGAAACAGAGCCAGAUGAUUCAAAAAAAGAAGAAGAAAGCAAAAGUAUUGAAGAUUUAAAUGAACAUGAUACUAGCGAAUAUAAACCAUUUUCAUUUAUUGAAUCAAAUGUAAACGACGAAGUACUAGUAACGUUACCUACUCAUAAUAUUGAAACUAAAGAUAUUCAGUUUGAUUUAGAUAUUGAAACAGAGGAAGGAACUAUAUUAGAUAGUAAAUCUAAUUCAAAUAUUGAAGAUACUGUUUCUGUAGAAGAAAUAACAGAUAUCCAAUAUAAUACAGAUAAUGAGGAUGCUUUGCCUAUAAUAGAAGAAACAUCUGAGAAUAUUUUCCGUGAAGUACAAGCUUCAGUUCCAGAUGUUUGUACAGCCGAUAAUAUUGGAUGUCCUUCAACAGACAAUCAAAAUAAUUUUCCACAUCAUGAACAACCUUCUCAGGACAGUGAAAAUGCUCUAAUGAGUGGGAUACAAAUUGAAAGCAAUUAUUGGUUGGCAUUAAUGUAUCUAAGUGUCACUGCCGCUGCAACGCUUAUAUUUUCUUUAGGAUACUACUGCAUUGAGAAUAUGAGGAGUGAUAGACAACUGAUAGUUAGAAUCAACAAACUUGAAAAAGAUUUACUUAUUUCAGAAGCAGAAUGUACAAUGGUAAACGAAAAUUUAAAAGCAACGAAGGAAAAGUUGAGUCGCAUGGAAGAUGAAUCAUUCGGUUCUGACGAAAUGGUGCUUUCUUUAAGGGCUGAUUUAGAAGUCUCACAGAAUGCGAAAACAGAACUAGAAGAUCAAGUAGCCAUGUUGGAAAAAGACCUAGAAAGUGCUACUGAAGCAGGGUUAGAAUUAGAAAAAAUGUUACGAGAAGUUCUCUCGGCAAAUAAUGAAGUUAAUCCGUUAGCGCAGUCAGUAGAAGAUCUACAAACUAGGUUGAAUGCUCAACAAGCUGCAAACGAAUCUUUAACGAAUGCUGUGAAUCUUAAAACUCAAGAGUUUGAAUUUCAUAAACUUGAGAACGAAUCUAUAUCAGCAGAACUUGUAUUUGUUAAGAAGAAAUAUGAAGAGCUUGAGGUUGAACUAGUCAGGCUUACGGAAAAUUUAAAACAAGAAGUAAACAGCAAGAAUAAUAUCGAAAAAACAUUAAGUGAUAAGGUGCAACAAUUAGAAAUGGAAAUCAAGGAAAUUUCUACUGAAAAGACAACCUUACAGAAGGCGUUGAAAGCUAAAGAAGUAGAAGCAAACGACCUUGUAGAUGUUGUUAAUCGAUUGAAUUCUAACAACUUGGAUUUGGACAAGUUGUAUGAUGUAUCUCGUAUUAAAGUUGAAGCAACAGCAUUGCUUGAAGAAAGAAACGAAUUAAAAAUACGAUUGGCUGAAAUUGAAGGAGCUCACAAUUUAUUAGAAGAACAUGUGAAGUUCGUUAAAGAGGAGGUAGCAACUUUAGGCGAACAAUGCAAAGUAGCGGAAAAAGAAAAGAAAGAUGCAGAAACACGACUUGAGGUGUUGACAAAUUUUUUCGAGGAGAAAGAAGCACAUCGCCAAAAGGAAGAAGCUAUUUGGUUACAACAGCAAGGUGAGGUUGUAUCCACUGUAGAACGAAUACAAACGAUGCAAAAUGAAAUACAAAACUAUAAGCAACAAAUAGAAGUGUUAAAACGUGAAAUAUUAGACCAAGAAAGAGAAUACAAGAAUCAAAUUUCUGUUCUUGAAACAAAAGCACAUGAGCAAUGGGUCAUAGCUCGUCAAGUUGAACGUCGUUUAGAGGAAUCCAAGGUUGAAGCAGGUCAAUUGCGUAAUCGCCUUACACUAAUAGAAAAAAAUAUUAACGAUAUAGAUCCCGAAGCGAAAUUACAUCGACUAGAAGCAAACGGCGAGACGACAACGUCGCCUCCAUUAUUCAUAGGAGCAGAAUCAUCCAGCUCCCCCAUAAUGUUUUCUGGUUCUUCGAGUGUUCCACCGCCACCACCACCUUCCUAUUUACAUUCAUUGUUUCCUCCGUACUUACCACCUCCGUUACCAAAUACAUCCGGAGUACCACCAUACGAAGUUAGUCAACGACCACCACCGCUUGGUGGUCGGUUAUCUUCACCUCCGCCUAUGCCUCUGCAUCCACCUGCUCCUAAUAGGUACGACAACGCAGGUUCCCCACCACCAAUGUCUCCACACUUACUUCCGCCUUUUAAUCAUAGAUCACCCCCACCUCCUCCGUUUACUAGUGACAUUCAUCCACCUCCUCCACCUCCUCCUGGUUCGAUAUUACCACCACCCCUUGGAACGCCGCAUUCGUGGGGGGAAGAAUCACUGCCGCCUCCACGCAGUUCUGGUUUUCAUCCAGCACAACGAGAACGAGUUCGAAAUCACAAAGGACGCAAGCGAUUCUCUAAAGUGAGACAAUUUUGGAGUACUAUGGAAGGAAAUAAUUGCAAAUAAAUGCAGUUCCUUACAUUCUUCGGGAGAAUCACUAGAUAAAUCACAUCAUAACAGCAAAGUUUGAGUCUUUUAUUUUGUUAUAAAAUAUCUUCGUAUACGCGUUAAACUUGUCAUUAUAUUGUGAGACAUUUAAAUAUAAAAAUAUUUCAAUAAACGAAUAACAGUGAUGCAGGAUAUAUUAACGCUAAUAGACCAACCAGCAUUUACUACUUUGUGAAAUAGUAAAUUAUGCAUUUUGAUAUGAUAUUUGUCAAAUGUAAUAAACACAUAUUAAUUUGCUAUGAGAAAUACAUCUAUUAGCCAUCACUGUUAUAUCAAAAAGGGGAAAGAAACAAAUUGUAUAUAUAUAUUUAAUUAUUCUUUAGGGAUGUAUCGAAGUAUAGAAUGAAUUGUAAAAAUGUUUCUUUAUAUAGUUAUAUAUAAAUCUUUGUUCAAGUCUAAAAAAUUUACUAUCUUCAUAAAUCUCUCAACCAGGAAAUAAAUUGUAAUAUGAAUUUAGAUUAAAUACAAUUGUUAUAUAAGGUUUUAAAAAAUUGAAAUAAAUUGUAAUUUAUUAUUA